AUGGCGGAGGAGGUGGCCAGACACACAGCUGAGACGGCCAUCAGGCAGAUGCAAGAUACCCAAUCAAUCAAACUGUCCAUUCAAAGCCAGGAAGCCAUUCUGGAGGAAGACAAAGACUCAGAUAGGUGCCAGGUGUGUCCUGCUGAGGAGGACCCAGUGGAGGCAGCAGAGAGUACCCCUCAGACAGAGCCCAGAGAGGCUGCAUCACCCGACAUUGAACCAGAACCCCAGGAGGAGCCAGAGCCCCAGAGAGCCUCUCCAUCCCCUCAUUCAAGCCCAGAGCCAGAGCGAUUCAAGACAGUAGAGCCUGAACCUAAACUAAAGGCCCAGGGCGCCAAAGUAGCACCUGAACCGGUGACCCAACAACCACAGAAAGCAGAGUACUGCAACAAACCUAACACCACUACCAAGGAGGAGUGGAAGACUGUAGAGGAGGGCGACUGUGUCCCUGCCAGCUGCGAUGCAGUAAAGAGCUGUCUCAUGCGUAUCCCUCACGCGCCUGUGUGCCUCAACAGCUUCAAUAACCUGCUGAAAGAGUACAUCACCGCUCCUAAACUUCCCCCCAUGCCCCAGCUCCCCACCAACCUCUCCCAGUUCACCUCCCAGGUCACCCAGCUAAUGCCCUCUCUCCCCCCAGAACUCUCCCAAGAGUUCUUCCAGUACUCUCGGCCAUUCACCCAAAUGUCCCAGCGUGUCUCUCAACUGCCCCAACAGAUCUCUCAACUGCCCCAACAGAUGUCCCAGCUGCCCCACCAGCUCCAAGUUUAAAUAC